GGAGAGGCUAGUAUUCAUCAGACUACCGUGAUAUUUGACACACCUACAUGUUAGAAAACAAAAGCAAAGCUAAUUUGUUGUUUGGGCCACACCACCGGUGAUGUUGGUUUACACACUAUAAUAAAUAUCCCUGCAGGGUAACACCCUCAGUGAAACUGCUGCCAAUCCAGGGUUUAACUGACAAACUUCUGGGCCCUGGAACGGAUAAGGAAUCUGCACACCUUAAUUUUAGUUAAUUUACCCAGUGAAACUGAGAAAAUCCAGGCCCUUGAGAUACCAGGGUCUGACUGAGGCAGGCGGUGCUAGCAACAAGGAAUGUCUUUUUUUGUUGUUUCCUGACACAAGUUGAAACUGAGCAGAGACAUAAAAAACUUAAUUGUACUUUUCACUAAACACGGAGUCUCUUGUGGCGGUAGGUGUUCCUAGUAACCACGGUAGGUAUGGUUGGUAACCACUAAUAAAAAGAACAUAAAUGACUUCAGAUGAACUUCUGGGAGCAGAGAUUUCAGUGGCAGCCAUAGGGCCACUGUCUGCACAAUCCAGGGAAAAACAAAUUGGCACAAGCAUAAUGAGUAUGAAGAGUUCAAGUAUACGUUUCAAUAAACAACUUUGUCUUGGUUUUGAGGCUUUGGGGACAGAGGCACUGUUUUCCAGCCACUACUGAAAUAAUAAACUCAAAUCUCUUUAUUUCUAACAGAGUAUCUGCCAGCAGAGAAAGCAAAAACUGUAGGCAGGCGCCUAUGGCUUGCCUUUCCGCUGCCCCUAAAUGCAGCCUACAGUCCUUAUCUCUCGCCCGCUGCUAAACCGAUGUACUCGAACUCCUAAUCUCGCGAGAUGAGCCUUGUGACGUGACUCCGGAAGGCGUCAAGGAGGUUGAAGUUAAAGGCGAUGGCACAGCUUCAUGGAAGAAGAUAUGUUCGAGCCUUCAUAAGUGGCUUUUUUGUGGCUGUUCCAGUUACUGUGACUUUUCUUGACCGAGUAGCAUGCAUAGCAAGAGUGGAAGGUGUAUCAAUGCAGCCUUCCUUGAAUCCAGAGGGAAGACAUGAAUCAGAUGUGGUGCUUUUAAACCGAUGGCACAUUCGAAAAUUUGAAGUUCAGCGUGGGGAUAUUGUGUCUUUAGUGUCUCCAAAGAACCCAGAACAGAAGAUCAUUAAACGAGUGAUUGCUCUUGAAGGAGACAUUGUAAAGACACUGGGUCACAAAACCAGAUAUGUAAAAGUUCCCCGGGGGCAUAUGUGGGUGGAAGGUGACCAUCAUGGACAUAGUUUUGACAGUAAUGCUUUUGGACCAGUUUCACUUGGACUGCUUCAUGCACAUGCCACUCAUAUCCUGUGGCCUCCAAACAGGUGGCAGAAACUGAAGCCUCUUCUUCCUGUGGAACAUGAAUCAGCACAAAAUGACUGACACAAAAAUGAAAAAACAAUGUGCAUGUUAUUAUGUUAUUUAAGAAGUAAUUGUGGGAAAAAUAAUAAUGUAAUAAAAAAAUUGCUAAAAAU